GUGCGGGCAGUGCAAAGGACUCUUUGAGCAUGCGGCCCAUCUCCUCACUUCCGAGUCAGAAGAUGGCAACAUAUCAGACGAUGUUUCAAUAGAGUUCACCGAGCAGCACCAUUCACUACUAAUUGCCAACAGCAAUGCAAAAUCGUGCCACAUGUGUUCAUUAAUAGCUCACGUCUUCCCGCACAUCUUGGAUGCAUAUGAUCCCCAAAGCCCCAUCCAAUGGGUGAUGUGGGGAGACAAAGACGACCAGCUGCUUGAUCUAGGUUUUCAAAUACGCAAGUACGACUUUGUCCAAGAUCUGCGGAUUCAGAUCAGUGCCAAAGCAGCUGUGAGCAUGCAUCAUACUCCGACUACUUGGUCAUUUGAAGCUCUACAAACAGUUCAAGCUUGGAUGCAGAUUUGCGCAUCGACCACAAACGCCCACAGGCAGUGCGCAAGGCCUCCGAUAAAGAGACAGCUGCCGCUUAGACUGGUAGAUGUGUCGCCAGAUCAGCCACCUCACAUUCACUCUGGCAAAGCACUCUCACGCAAGGAAUUCCAAGCAUUGGAUAUCGAUGUAGCGCCGCCUGUACGAAUCAUUUCGACCAAAUCUCUUCCGCUAGAUAUACGAUACAUGACAUUGAGUCACCGAUGGGGCAAUUCGCCAAGUAUCAUACUCAACUCGACGACGGCGCCGACUCUUCUGAACAGCAAUAUCCCGCUAGAGCUGCUAGAAUCUUCCAAUGCAAAACUCUUCAGGCAUGCAAUGUACGUCACCAGAUGCCUGGGAAUCCGAUAUCUCUGGAUAGACUCUAUGUGCCUCAUGCAAGAUGACGAUUCCGAGAAAGCAAAAGAGAUUGCUCUAAUGGGGGAGAUCUACUACAACUCGUCGCUCAACAUAUCGGCUACUGAUUCCACGAGCGGAGCAGACGGGUUAAUAUUCAACAGAGAUGUCUUGAAGACUUCUCCAUGUCAACUCAGUGUGCAACUUCCAGGAGUCAAUAAAACUCUUGACCUGAUUGCUUUCCACAAUAAGAUACUGGUCGAGUCCGACGAAGGUGAAUUGAACAGGCGAGGAUGGGUCCUGCAAGAGCGGAUAUUGUCACCUCGAGUACUUCAUUUCACUAAGCAUCAGGUAUUCUGGGAAUGCAAUUCUCUCUUGGCAUCAGACAUUCGACCCGAGGGGGAGCCUAUAGAUCCGACCUCCGCUGGCGAUAUGAGAGGCAUAUUGAGCGCCUCUUCCUCAGCUGCUUUGCCAGAUGAUACGAUGAAUGCUCUUUGGUAUGACGUCGUGCGCCAAUAUUCUGCAACGUCCUUGAGCUUCUCUGGAGAUCGACUACUUGCAGUGUCGGCCCUUGCUGAAAGAUAUUCGAUCCUCAGUUUGCAGUCGCCAGAUGAAUACGUCGCAGGCAUAUGGAUGGCGCAUCUCCCGCUGGCUCUAGUUUGGCGCAGGAUUCCCCGGACAGAAGCCCCAUCAAUGUUAUUGCAGAACAUGAAUCAGGAACAAAUCGCACCAACAUGGUCAUGGGCCGCUUUAACGUGUGCCGUCGAGUCUGCCGAUAUGGAUUACUUGCACCCAAAUAUAGCAGUGGUGGAAUUGGGCGGUAUUCAGCGAAGAUCUGCUAGUCAGUUCGAUGGAGUCACAAGUUGUUGGCUACGUGUUCGAGGCCAUAUGUGCAAAGUUGAGCAGGGCGCUGAAACUGCUAGCGUUGAAAUGGUUUGGGAUAAGCCCGCGGCAGAUGAUGGGGGCGGUGCUUCCAGAUUAUUCUUGCUUUAUGUUGCCUAUCGCUCCUUUAAAAGUCGAAGAGAUAUGAGAGGCUUGGUACUUCAAAGAACGAACAAACGAGGCCAGUAUAUUCGAUUGGGCGCUUUUUCAACGAGCAACUUUGACAUUGAAGGGACGUAUAUAGGAGAAGCGUUCACUGGAAACACACAUAACCUCGAAGAGGAGGAUUUCUUGGAGUUUACAAAGAGUCAAGGAUACACUGUCGAGAUAAUAUAG